CCCCCAAGUAAUGGGCUAUAUAAAGGGUCCAUGCACCAUUCAUCUUCUUCAAGGCCUUAGUUUCUUUGUGUUCAUUAAUUGUUCUAUAUAGUUAAAUCUCUUCAUCUUCCAUCUGUUUCAAGAUGCCUAUGAAGGAAACAUUGGAUCAAGAAAUCAAGAACUUGCCAAAGAGGGCUUAUGUCACCUUCUUGGCCGGCAAUGGAGACUAUGUGAAAGGAGUUGUGGGUUUGGCCAAGGGUUUAAGGAAGACAAAGACUCCAUACCCACUUGUGGUGGCAAUUUUGCCUGAUGUUCCGGAUGAGCAUCGAGAGAUCCUUCGAUCCCAGGGAUGUAUCAUUCGGGAGAUUGAGCCAGUGUAUCCACCGGAGAAUCAAACUCAAUUUGCAAUGGCAUAUUAUGUCAUUAACUAUUCUAAACUUCGUAUUUGGGAGUUUGUGGAGUAUAGCAAGAUGAUAUAUUUAGAUGGAGAUAUACAAGUAUUUGGCAACAUUGAUCACCUCUUUGACUAUCCUGAUGGGUACUUCUAUGCUGUUAUGGACUGUUUCUGCGAAAAAACUUGGAGCGAUACACCUCAAUUCAAGAUAGGUUACUGUCAACAAUGCCCAGAAAAGGUGCAGUGGCCAGCGGAGAUGGGUGCACCACCGCCAUUGUACUUCAAUGCCGGCAUGUUCAUCUUCGAGCCUAAACUCUCAACUUACAAUGACCUCUUGGAGACCCUCAAGGUCACGCUUCCUACUUCAUUUGCAGAACAGGACUUCUUGAACAUGUACUUUAGGGAUACCUACCGCCCUAUCCCUCCAACUUACAACCUUGUUUUGGCAUUGUUGUGGCGACACUCUGAGAAUAUAGACCUUGACAAAGCGAAGGUUGUUCACUAUUGUGCUGCGGGAUCAAAGCCAUGGAGGUACACUGGACAGGAAGAGAACAUGCAGAGAGAUGACAUAAAAAAGCUUGUAGAGAAAUGGUGGGAGAUAUACACAGAUGAGUUGCUGGAUUACAAGAACAGCUCAGAGGAUGGAUCUGAAGAGCCACUUUUAAUUCUGCAGUUGCUGGAAGAUGCUGGUGUUGCUCAUGACUACAUUUCUGCACCAUCUGCAGCCUAAUUUUAGGAAGAUUGAUAAUAAAUCCAUCACCUGUAUGCUACAUAUUAUUGAAAUAUCUAUUAUAAUAAGAUUACAUGUAUGUAUCUAACUACAUAUAUGUAUGAUGUAUCUAGCUAGCCAGUGUGUUAUUUUGUAUCAGCUUUUAAUACAUAUAGGAUUGCGAUUGGAAAUGCAGUCCUCUUUGUAUGCUA